UGUGUGGUGCAUAUUAUUAUUGCAUCAGCUGAUAUUUGUUUACUAGGUCGAGUCAGUUCAGAGUUCAGAUACUGUCUCUCCCCCGUUUGAGUCAAGUAUUUAUUAGAACUUCUAGAUAUUCUGAUAAAUUACCGCUCAAUUAAUUGGGGUUAAUUUUUCAGGGAAUAUCAAUCAACUGUUAUUAAUGCUGUAGCCUCGGAUUAAUCCAGUACAAUUGUUUAACCUGUCUGAACCUGAAGGUUUAAUUACUGUACAUUUCCAUCAUAUGAUAAGUAAACUGGGACAAGUCAUAACUGGUGCUAAACUGUGAUUGAAACUCACAAAUUAUUCAUUUGAUAAUUUUUUUUAAUUGAAUCUCAAACCAAUCACAUCAAUUUCCAAGUUUAUAUGCCCAACGUGAUCUGAGGUUACUUCAAAUUAGCCACAAUGAGUUUGGUUAUCAAACGAAAUGAGAAUGAAACAGUCAAUGGAAAGCAGAUCAAGCAUUCUCAGGACAUUUCUGAGGAUGUUAUGACGGAAGAAAUUCUUCUGAACAAAGGAGUUGUUACCCCAGAUGAUAUCUUGAAGUUACCCUACAUUACAGAAAAUUAUUUAUGCUCACCUGAUGCAAACAUUUAUGACAUCGAUUUUGUUAGAUUCAAAAUCAGGGAUCUUGAAACUGGCACUGUUCUCUUCGAAAUCGCUAAACCAAGCAUGCCACCAGGUCCCGAAGAAGGUGAUAAUGAAGCAGAAACCGAUGAUCCUGAUCCCAAUGCCGGAAGAUUUGUGCGUUACCAGUUCACUCCUCAGUUUCUCAAGUUGAAGACGGUUGGUGCAACUGUGGAGUUUACUGUGGGAAGUCGACCGAUCACAAACUUCCGUAUGAUUGAAAGACACUUCUUCAGAGACACCCUUCUCAAGAGCUUUGACUUUGAAUUUGGCUUUUGCAUUCCAAACAGCAGUAACACCUGUGAACACAUUUACCAUUUUCCUACACUUUCUUCAUCUCUCGUUUCAGAAAUGAUCGCCCACCCUUUUGAGACACGUUCAGACAGUUUCUACUUUGUGGAUGAUUGUCUAAUGAUGCACAACAAGGCAGAUUAUGCCUAUGAUGGAGGCCUCUCCAAAUAAGAUCUCACUAUUCACCCUACAAAAAUAUUUGUUCGCACUUAAUUAUUUAUCCAAUUGAUGUAUUACUACCCUAGUCCUUUUGUUAAAAUAUAAUUGAUAUUCUGAAAACAUAA